AUGGUGGUCACCAGGUCCGCACGCUCUCGGGCUGGGCUCCAAGCCCCAUCGGCUGAAAGCUCCCAGCAGGAGAGUUAUGCAGCUAAAGGGAUUCAAGUGCAUCCAAAAAGCAGGAAGGAAUCUGGAUCUGAUGACAGAGGUACUGGUGAAUCACAGACCCCUGGGGGGAAAAGUUCAAUACCUGAAGUUCCUAAAACCAUUAAGAGGAAAAGCAGAACUACAGUCUUACUACCAGAGAAAGCCGAACCAUCUACUAAUGGAGAAAUCUCUGAAGCAGAGUCAAAUUGUUCUUCUGUGUCUGAGCUCCAGGAACCCAUUUUUAGAAUAACUAGGAGAAGGCAGAUCUUAAUUUCAUGCACCCCUGUGUCCAGUGUCAGGAAAAGGCCAAAAAUAACUCCUUCUCAUACUGAAGAAGUCCUCUCUGAAGCAGAAUCUCAUGUUUCAGGUAUUUCUAGAAUUGUGAAUUCCACAGAAAUACCUACAAGAACCAAAAGAAGUAAGGCUAAAUCUAUAAUAGAUCCAAGCCACAAAUCACACACGGAAGGUAUAUCUGAUGCUGAGUCAUCGUGCUCAGACAUUUCAUUUUCUGGAAUUGCAACUAGGAGAACCAGGAGUGUGCAGAGGAAAUUACAGGCACAAACUGAGAAGACAGAUACUAAGAUUGUACCAGGAAAUGAAAUCAUGGAUAUACUUAUGAAUUCAGAGGAUUCAGAUACUGGAUACACUUCUCUUUUACAAGCAAGAUCUCUUUCUCAGAUAAAUGAGCCAAAUUUCUGUAACAAUGAAAUUUUUAAUGACUUUGAUGAUGAUUCCUUCCACAGAAGUUCAGAAAAAAUACUAAUGGUACAGAAACGCCAACAUUUUAAUGUAAGAGGGGAAAAGCAGGACAAUGUUACAUCUCUCGAAGAAAUAAGCAAGCAGAAUUGUAAGGCUUCGGAUGAAGAGGCCAGUGUGAUAAUAGAUGAGAGAAAAGAAAUGAAUAAGAAUUCUCAGCUGAGUCUUUCUGAACUACAGGAGAUUUUUUUUCGAGGGCAUUUGACCCCCCAAAAUGACAAAAUCACAUCAGAGCCCUCAAAUCUGAACUGUGAGGCUGUAAUGAAAUCAUUUGCUCAAACAUUCGCAGUUGUGGAAGUGGACAGAUGGGAUGAAGAGAGAAAAAGUACCAUAAAAACAAGUGACUUGACAAAGGUUGAGGAUUGUGGUAGUAGUUAUGAUGAUAAAGAGUCCUCAAUUAUAGGUGUAGGCAACGACAUGAGUAGUGAAAGGAAUUUAGAUUGUGAUACCACACUAUACACAUCUGAGCUCAACACAUCUCAGGAUAAAGAUGAUUCCGUUUUAUUAGUUCUCAGCAGUGAUGAAAGCCAGCAGUCUGAAAACAGUGAAAAUGAAGAGGACACUUUGUGUUUUGUUGAAAAUAGUGGCCAAAGGGAAUCAUUGAGUGGAGACUUGGGAAAUACGUCAUGUGACAAUACAUUGUUUGUAAUUGACACAACUCCUGGAUUGAGUACUGAUAAAAAUUUUUACUUGGAAGAGGAAGACAAAGCAAGUGAGGUUUCCCCUGAGGAAGAAAAAGAGGAGGAAGAGGAAGAAAAAAGUGAAGAAGAACCAUCAGACAGUGACAGAAAUAAAGAUAGUGAGUUUAGUGAUGAAGAUGACUUACUAAAUAGCACAAAGUCUAAACUUCUAAAGUUGACAAGCAGCAGCAUAGACCCUGGUCUAAGUAUCAAGCAGUUGGGUGGUUUGUAUAUUAAUUUCAAUGCAGACAAACUGCAGUCUAAUAAGAAAACCCUAACACAGAUCAAGGAGAAAAAGAAAAGUGAGCUUCUGCGGAAAGCCGUCAUUACACCUGAUUUUGAAAAAAACUACUGUGUCCCACCAUAUAGUGAAUCGAAGUGUCAACUUCAGAAAAAACGCAGAAAAGAGCGACAGAAAACUGCAGGGGAUGGCUGGUUUGGUAUGAAAGCUCCAGAAUUGACAGAUGAACUGAAAAAUGACCUCAAAGCACUGAAGAUGAGAGCAAGCAUGGACCCAAAAAGGUUUUACAAGAAAAAUGAUAGAGAUGGCUUUCCUAAGUACUUCCAGAUUGGAACCAUUGUUGACAAUCCAGCUGACUUUUACCAUUCACGAAUUCCCAAGAAACAAAGGAAAAGAACUAUUGUGGAAGAAUUGCUGGCUGAUUCUGAGUUCAGAAGAUUUAACCGGAGGAAGUACUCAGAAAUCAUGGCUGAAAAAGCAGCAAAUGCAGCAGGAAAAAAGUUCCGAAAGAAGAAGAAAUUUCGCAAUUAAGAUUCACCAAGCAAACCACAGUAUUUACAUCUCCCUUUUAUUUAUUUACUAGAGAUGUUUUGAAAACUAACACCAUCACAUAAAUUAACAUAGACUGGCCCUGUUA